UACUUAUAUACAUAUACAUUUGAUUGGUACUGAUAAUAAUUAAAAUAUAUAUAUAUAUGUAUAUAUACUAUAAAAAACUGACAGUGUGAAUGACAAAAACGGUCGUGACGCCGCCCACACGUCGUCGUCGUCGUCGUCGUAGUUAACGCGGAGCUUUGCUUUCGUCGUCGUCCCCACGGGAAAAUGGUGUGCACGACGAUAAAUUAUUACGAUUUAAUUAGUUAUUAUUUUUUAUUAUAAAUACUUAGUACUAUCAAUAAUAUUAUUAUUAUUUCUAUCAUUAAGAUAAAUUUUUAUUACUUGUAGAAAUCAAAAUGAUAAAUCGGUUAUUUUUGUAUCAAUGAAUACUGUUUGACAUUUAUAACAUAAGAUUUAACGUGACGUUAAAGACUAGCGGAAGAAGAGAGUGCGAGCGGUGUUGAGGUAGGAGAAUAAACCUCUGAUCGUGCGUGAGCUAGCGAUAGACAGGUAAAAGCAACGAUUGACUGAAGGAGUUUGUUGUGAAAGAAUUGAAUGUGGUUAAUUCUAAAUAGUGGGAUACUCUCUAGGUCAAAAUAUUAUAAGACGGAUUAUCAUGUUAAUGAUUUAGUUGCGUCGUAGUAUAUAUUACUUAUAUGUUGAGUAAAAAUUUGAAAAAAAAAGUUUACUCGAAAAGCGUUGUGUUGCGAGACUUUGAGAGAAAGAAGUAGGGAAAAGGUGCGACGUGGGCGAUCAGAAUUGAGUACGUCUGUAUAAUUUCUUUAAUAUAGUCUAUUAGAAACGAUAGUUGAAUUUACGCACGAUCAUAGUCACGGUUAAGUGUAUUCAGUGCUCUAGAAUCCUAGUGUUCCAAAGAAAUUUUCCAAGUAGAAAAAAAAUAAAAAUAAAAGAUAGAGAAAUAGAAAAAAAAAGAGAGAAGCAAAAGGCGAUCUUCAUUGAGUGUGUGUAGCUAUAUAAUUGUCGUCGUUAUCAUUGUAUAGUAGGUUGCCCGUGCGCGGCGCGUUACUACUAACCAUUCUAAAAACGUUGAUACAUAGUACUGGUGCUCUUCUUUCUCGUAUUCACCGCAGUACCCUCUUGCUCUUGUCCGUUGGCUGUCUAUGUCUAUGUCUAUGUCUAUGUGUGUGUGUGUGUAGUUUCUUGAUUAUUAGCAAGUGCGCGGUGCCGCGGUUUCUUCUGCUCAUCGUUGUCAAGUGCUGAUGAUUUUAAAAAAUAACGACAACCAACAAUUAUCAUAUUUAAUAUAUUAAGACUCGUUUUAGGUCAGUGAGAACAUAAGGUUCGAUAAUAUUUUUGUGUAUAAUUCGUAGCGACGAGAAGAAACAAGCGGAUUGUAUUUUUCCCCUCACCAACCCUGUGGGACUAGAUUAUCAAUAAUAGCCGGCAGGUACAACAGUACUGACUACGGAAAUACGAAGCCAUAACCGCAAAAAAAGUCAUUUUAUUUUUUAUUUUAUUAUUUUGUGUUUUAAAUUAGUGAUUGAUAUUAAAUAAAAUUGCAGUUGUGUGUGUUUAGGAGUGAAGAAUGCGUUGACGCGAUAUUAAAAUAUCGUCAUAAGUGUUAUAUAUAUAUAUAUAUAUCUAUACGAAUAUAUAAUACGAUUAAAUAAAUUCAACGACUACACUACCGAUUGAGUUGAGAAGAGCGUGUACAUCGAGAGACAAGAGAGGCUAUACUAUAUCAUCAUAAUCAUAAUUUUCAUCACUACCAGUUAUCGUUGGUAAAAUAGCUGAUGGGUACGCGAUGUGAUAUUGGCUGUCAUUGAUGUACGUGAUACCUAAUACAACAAGUUGGAUUUAUAAUAACAAUAAUAAUAAUAGUUAUAAAAUUAAUAUUACUACUAAUAACAACAUAAGUAGUAUUAUUAUCACUCAAAACUUUAAAUUAUUAUUAUCUAAAAUUUACAAUCUAGUGCUGUGUUUUUUAGUUGAAUUUUCAUUGUCAAACGGUAGCAAUCACAAGUCACUCGAAUUUUAUUUGAUAAAAGCGGAAGAGACAAAGGUGGAGGUGGUGGCUUGCAAUUCAGAAUGAGCGGCCGUCCAAGGACCACCUCUUUUGCCGAGGGGACUAAACCUCCCGCAAAUCCGCCCCUGGGUGGCAUGAAGAUCAGCAGCAAGGAUGGAAGUAAAGUUACCACCGUGGUUGCCACUCCUGGUGCCGGUCCAGAUCAUCCACAGGAAGUGGCAUAUACUGAUACCAAAGUAAUUGGUAAUGGGAGUUUUGGAGUUGUAUAUCAAGCUAAACUCUGCGACAAUGGUGAAAUGGUGGCGAUCAAGAAAGUGCUACAAGAUAAAAGGUUCAAGAAUAGAGAACUCCAAAUAAUGCGACGAUUGGAACAUUGUAAUAUCGUUAAACUUAAAUACUUCUUCUACUCUAGUGGUGAUAAGAACGUCUUAAACUCAACUAAUCCAGUUUUUCAUGUGUCCAAGGAUGAAGUUUAUCUCAAUCUUGUUCUGGAAUAUAUACCGGAAACAGUGUAUAAAGUCGCGCGGCAUUACAGCAAGAGUAAACAAACGAUACCGAUGAGUUAUAUUAAGCUUUAUAUGUAUCAACUGUUUCGAUCGUUGGCAUAUAUUCAUUCACUAGGAAUUUGUCACAGAGACAUAAAGCCACAAAACUUACUCCUGGACCCAGAGAGCGGUGUAUUGAAACUCUGUGAUUUUGGUUCAGCUAAGCAUCUCAUCAGAGGAGAGCCUAACGUGUCUUACAUCUGUAGUCGUUAUUAUCGAGCACCAGAACUCAUUUUCGGUGCUAUCGAUUAUACUACAAAAAUCGAUGUUUGGAGCGCUGGUUGUGUAUUAGCAGAGUUAUUACUCGGUCAACCAAUUUUCCCCGGUGAUAGUGGUGUUGAUCAACUUGUAGAAAUAAUCAAAGUUCUCGGUACACCGACACGUGACCAAAUUCGCGAGAUGAAUCCAAACUAUACAGAAUUUAAAUUUCCCCAGAUUAAGUCACACCCUUGGCAAAAGGUAUUCCGAGCCCGUACUCCGCCAGAAGCAAUGGAUUUAGUAUCUCGGCUCCUCGAAUACACACCACCAUUACGAAUAACACCUCUGGCUGCAUGUGCUCAUCAGUUCUUUAAUGAAUUACGAGAUCAAGGAACACUAUUGCCAAAUGGCCGUGAAUUACCACCAUUAUUUAAUUUUACUGAACAAGAAUUGCGAAUUCAGCCGAAUUUAAAUUCGCAAUUACUACCUAAAUAUAUGCGAUCGUCGGAAACGACUACCGAUGGUGGACAGCCCACAGAAACUACGACGGCCACUGCAUCUGCCAGUGGUAAUUCAACUGAUAGCAAUGUUAACACGACAACACCUUCCGUCACACAAAAUGCAGAUGCUAAUCAAUCGACCAUGGCUUAAGUUAAAGUCAACUAAAAGAUAAAACAAAAAUAAAAAAAUAAUUAGAAUACAAAAAAAUAAUAAAAAAUUAUUUUUUAUCGUUACGAGUUUGGAGAUUUAUCAUUUAGAAAAAAAAGUACACAUUCUAAUUGAAUGGAUAAAUAAAUAAAAUUGAUUAUUUAUUAUAUCUUAUACAUUGUGAGAUAUGAACGUCCCAUUGUAAAUUGAACUCAAUUCAGACUCUUGAUCAUUUGAAACUGAUGUAAAAUUAUCUUUAUUUAUACUUAAAGCUUGAUUCUGUAAUUGUAUUUUUUUUAUUAUUAAUUUUGUAGUAAAAAAAAAAAAAAUAAUAUAUUAAUUCAGGUAGCGAUUAGCUUAAAGUAAUUAUUACAUCGGUUUUAUCAAGUGGAUUGAAUUCAGUGUAUAUAAUAGGAAAAACUGGUACGAGGCCUCUUAAGAAAGGUUUAUAUAUAAUAUUUGGUUAAAGAGAAAUGUUUUAACGUAAAUGAUGUGGUAGUACGUUAGAUUCGUUUGCGUCGUCUUUUUAUCAAGUGUUUGGACAAUGAAAAAAUAAAAAAUAAAAUUAAUUUAUAAGUACAGGUCGAUAUUAUAAUGAAGAAGCACCAUUAUAUGCAUACUUUUUUUAAAAUAAAUUGACGAAAAUUAAUUAAAAUAGAUACAAAUACACUAAUGAUUUAGUAUUAAUAUAAUGGAUACUGAUGCAAGUGCUUUUCUUAAAUGUUCGAUUGAUUAUUGUUAUUGUCGACUUUCUUAUUAUUGAUACUGUAGUCAUUUUUUAUUAAUAAUUAUAUAAUGAUUGCAAUUAGUCUUCUUCUUUAUCGUAAUUAAUGCGAAACUUUGUGAAUUAAAAUUACUCGAUUAUUAGUGUCAUAAUUUUUUUUUUGACAUCAAAUGGAAAAAAAAAAACGAAACUAAUAGUUCGAUGUAGUGAAAUUUGACUAUUGACUUCUAAAAAUUAUAAAGACAAGGUUAAAUUUUUAGUGAAAUAAAAUAUUGUUUAAAUAGUAAUUUAGUGUACAGUAGGUCUUGAGUGAUUGUCUAAAUUUGCUGGUUUAUUUUUUUCAUACCUUCGACGAAUACAGCAGAGUUGUAUAAUACAUAAUAUACUUUAUUAGCUCGAUUCAAAUUAAACGUUUAUUAUUAUAUUAUCACUAUUAUUAUUAUUAUUAUUAUUAUUACUAUUAUUAUUAAUAUUAUUUAAUUAAAUAUAUAUAUAUAUAUAUAUAUAUAUAUAUAUAUAUAUAUAUAUAUAUAUAAAUAAAAUUAUAAAUAUAAAUAUAUUUAAAUUGUAAGAAUGAAUUAUUAAGAUCAAAUAAUACUCUCUAUAUAAUAUAAUUCAUUACUAAUGUAUCUGAAAUGAAAAAGGAAUACGUUUUUUGAUGUAUUUUUUAACAUAACUAAAGAAAAAAAGAAAUAGAAACAAACAGUGCCUGCUAUUAUUGGUUUUCUUUUGCAUUAACACAUAAUUCAAUCCUUUACGGAUACUGUAAAAAUUCUAAUAAUUCUGAUUUAUUAUCUGAUUUACUAAUUAAUUUUAUUUUUACUUGACCGUUUGAUAAUUUUAUUAAAAUUUAUUAAUUUUCAUUAAUUUCAAGCGUAAAUAAUUAAUUAAAUCGAAUUAUCUGCAUAAUUUUUUUAUAAAUGAACAUAUUGUAGUGAUAUUAAUUCCUGAAGGAUUGAAUAAAUUGGUUAAUUUGAAAUUAUAUUCAUCGCACAUCAUUCAUAAACAUAUCAUUAUAUACUGAUAAUAGUGUGAAGAAAACAGAAUAAAACGUUCAACAGAGAAAUAGGAGUAAUAAGGAAAAAAACAAUAUUUUUUUCUUGCUAUUGAUAAAACAACAAUUUGUUGCAAUAUUUAUAGGACCCAGUACUGUUUUUUAUUUAAGCAAUAAAAUAAAUAACAUUAACAAAUUUGAAAUAUUUACUACGAACUAUACUUACCAAUAAUAUUUUAUUUCAAUAUUUGCAUUUAUCUAUAUUGAUUUUUAUAGUGAUUAUUUAUUUUAAUAACAUUUAAGUAGAUUAAUAAAACAAAUGUUGUCUAUUAAGAUCCGUCAUGAAUUGCCACGGCAGGUGUUACUCCACUUCCGCGCCCUACAAUCGUCUAAAGAAAUCUUUACUAAGUGUUAUAAAUUACUAACACCAAUACAAUCUAUAGUUAACAUACAGACAUGGAACUAACCCAAUAUGAUCAUUUGUUUUAAUAGUUGAUCGGUUUUAUAAAAUUAUGCAUGAAUCUAAUUUAAGAUAUGUGUUAUCAGUUUAAAUUACAUCUGAAAACACCAAAUUUGUCUCUUUAUGUUGGAGUAUGUAAUGUAUUUAAUUACAUUAUAUUUUAUCACUAUUUUUUCAAUUAAAAUUAUUAAAAGUUGCUAAAAAAAUAAUAAAUUUUCAGUUUCAGAUUUUUUUAAAAUUUUGUAAUUUGUUUUUAAAUACAUUUGAUGAUUGAAUUAAAAAAAUCGAAUUAUAAUUGAAAGAUUAAGAACGGGUCCCAUUUUUUACCUUCUUGCACUCAUCGAGAAUAAUCGUACUAUUUUUUUAGCAUUUGCAGAUUCAUCAUUUUUUCUUGAACAAAUAAAAAAAAAAACGCUCUAUUGAAAAUAGAUAAUUGAAUAAUCUAUAGAGUAGUAGAGUUUUUUCUAUUUUUUUUUGUUUAGAAAAAAUUCAUGAACGUUUAUUAGCUGGGAUCGCCUCUUAAAAAAUAAUGAAAUUUUUUCACUAAUUAUUAAGUAAUAAAAUGCCAACUCAUGAGUGAUUUUAAUUAAAUUUGUCUUUAUUUAAAAUUUUAUAAUUAUUUCUAUUUAUUCGAUUAUUGUAUGUUAAAGUUUAAAAUGUGCAUGUAAACGAGAUAAAAGGACGAUGCAAUAAUAAACUAAAUAGUGCUAUUACUAAAUUCUGUACAAAAUAACAAUGCCAGAUAAAAUUAUUAUGCUACCACUUAAACAAAAACGUUAAUAUUUCAAUGUUAUAAUUAAAGUAAAGAUAAAUAAAAUAUAUAAAAUCACUAUUAAUAGUAAUAAAACAUAAUAAUUAUGAUAAAUGUGCCCAUAAAUACAAAUGUCUAAAAAUCCUGGCACGUAAAUAUAUAGUAAUAUAACAAUUGUUUUCUCGUAUAUUUAAGUAGUGUUAAUGGAUAAAUAAAUAAAUGUAAAGAAUAAAUAAAACUAAAAACAUGACAAGUAAUCGAGUGAAUAAAUAAUUACGAAAAAAUGAUGAAAUUAUAAAAGUAAGCUUAUUUAUAUUAGUAUUAUUAAUAAUAAUAUUAUUAGGCCAAAACUUUAAAGACACAAUCGCUUAAAGAACAAAAGCGAUAUAAAAAAUAUUAUCGAUUUUUAAAAUGUAUUAUCAAAGCUAAUACCGGGAAUGACAUAAUAAUUCAAUCUAUGUGUGUGUAGACAUCUGUGUACUAAAACAAAAGAAAAUAAUUAUCUUACUUUUUGAAUUUAGUAUCUUCCUUCUUUAUUACGAAAAAUAUCAUGAGCACGUGCUUUUCAUAUACACGAUGUAACUGGAGAAACGAUAUUAAUUAAGUUUAUUAAUUACUUAAAUGGAUGAAUGUUUCAAUUCUAAA